AUGUCACGAGCCGAGGCGGGCUGCGCACGUCCCCGAAAAGGCGUUAGCCGGCUGGAUUCCAACGGCAGGACCGAAAAAGAUCACAAGAUGAACGUGGAGGUGUCUCAAAAGAUUGCUGAGGUCCUUUCGGCAGCAUGCCAGCGGCACGAGAAACUGAGUCCUCGGCAAGAGUUGAAACGACGAGCGGAGCAGGCGUUGAAAGCUGCGAAGUAUCGCGGUGCAUCACCUGAAAGCCGAAAAAGGUACGACCUGGAGAAGACAUUGGAAGACCGAGCGACGAAAGCAUUGUCUGAGGCUGUGGCACGGGCGUCCUGUACAGCUGACGCGCAGCCGCAGCCCACGACUGCGAGCUCCCCCGCACAGUGUGCCGUGGGGCUGGGGGAAGAGGCUGAGAUGACCGAGGAUGCAACCGCCUGGAACAUGGAGGACUAUGCUGGCUAUGAUGCUUGGGCGGAGGGAAACGAUCCCAUGGUGGACGGAUAUGCUGAUGGCCAUGAUCCCAGAGGACAAGACAAUGACUGCCGCUAUUUGGUUGGUUAG